AGAAACCUCCUCUAAACCUCCACUUGACGCAAAAAUUUCCACCCUUUAUAAUCCUCCCUCUUCACUCUUUCUUUUCCACUCAAUUCAACUCAAAUUCCCUUUAAUUCUUUCAUUUUUUGAACAAGAAAAAAAUCCUCUCCCCCCCAAAUUUUCCUUUACAAGUUUUUUCAUUUCUCUAAAAGAUUUAAAUGGAUCUUGAUUUGAUAAGGGAGCAUCUUCUUGAUGAUGUUGUUUUUAUGGAAAAUUAUUGCUCAUCAUCAGAAACAAGUAGAACCCUUUAUUCUCAAAACUCCUCUGUUUCUGAAUCAUUUGAUUCUUUAACCUCUGAUCUCAAAAUGGAAAAUUUCUCUUUUGAUCCCACAAACUUAGCUCAAAGUUUGAACCAAGAAUUUAAUUCUUUUGAAUUUGAACCAAAACCCAACUUAGUACCUCGUAUAACAAUCUCAAAUUCCCCCAAAAAAACAAGUUUUAAUGAAAGAAAACCUUCUCUAAAUAUUACAAUACCUAAUGUCAAGAAAACAGAGGAAUCAAAAACAGAGGAGCCAAAAACAGAGGAAUCAAAAACAGAGUACUCUGUUCAGAAGAAAUAUAGAGGAGUAAGGCAAAGGCCAUGGGGGAAAUUUGCUGCGGAAAUUCGUGACCCGACCCGAAAGGGAACUCGGGUUUGGUUAGGAACUUUUGAAACUGCAAUAGAAGCAGCUAUGGCAUAUGAUAGAGCAGCAUUUAAGCUAAGAGGGAGUAAAGCAAUCUUGAAUUUCCCACUUGAAGUAAGCAACUUUAAGCAAAAAAGUAACGUGAUUGAGCAAAGGGUUAGUUCAAAUUUAAAUUCUUGUGGGAAAAGGGUAAGAGAAGUGGUGAAUGAAGAUGAAGUUGUUGUGGUAAAAAAGGAGGUUAAAAGAGAGCAAAUGGUAACUCCAUUGACACCUUCAAAUUGGUCUUCAAUUUGGGAUUGUGGAGAUGGAAAGGGUAUUUUUGAAGUGCCACCUUUGUCACCAUUUUUGGUUUCAUAAAAUGGAUUGAACAAAUAAAGGGAUGUCCGAAAAAGAAAAAUAUGGGGUCCCUUUUGGGAAAUUGGAUAAAAGUUAAAAGAAAUCUAUCAUAAACAUCUCUAACCUCACCGGUAAGAGUAAAGUUGUAUAUAUAUAUUACCUAUUACCUUUUCGGACCGUAAGAAACAUGAGGUGAUGGGGUAGAAUGAAAAGGUUGUUUGGAUCAUGCAAUUUUUUGUUCUCUUUGAUUUGAUUGACUUUCAAUGUAAAUAUGAACUCAGUCUAGAAAUUUUGUUCAAUUGGUUUAUUCCGUUUGUAUGCAAUGGAAAUGGAAGUAAUGUAAAUUCCUUUUUUUUUAUUUUUUA